AUGGAACAACCAUCCAUCAAUUUAAACACAUCAACAAAUAACAGUAACAGCAGUAAUAAUAAUAAUACAUCAACAGUCUCUAGUAAAAUGUCUGAUAUACCACUAUUCGAUGGCCACUCUGGUAGAUUCAAUAAUAAUACAUUCAUGGGUAGAUUCCAAAACUUUAGAGAUGUAACUGAUCCAAGAUCAAUGUUUGUUUCACAAGUUGAUUUACAAAAAGCAAAGGAAUUGAUGGAAAAGUUUAAAAAGGGAUCGAUAGAUGCAAAGGUUGAAUCAGAGUCAUUGUGGAAAGCCAAAAAGGUGAUUGAUGCUACAGUGCAUCCAGAUACAGGUGAGACCAUUCCAUUACCAUUUAGAAUGUGUUCAUUCCUACCGAUCAAUGUUAUCAUUUGUGCUGGCUUGAUUCUACCCAAUCCAUCGAUUGGUACCACCAUCUUUUGGCAAUGGAUCAAUCAAUCAUACAAUAUCGCAUUGAACCAUGCCAAUAGAAAUGCUAGCAAUGCAAUGUCAAACCAACAAGUAGCUACUGCCUAUCUCACAGCCGUCGGUAUUUCAUGUUCUCUAGCUGUCGGUUUAGGUAAAGCUGUAGAUAAAUUAAAAAUUAAUAAUCUUUCUAUUCAUAAUGGUAUUAGAAUGUUGGUACCAUUUACAGCAGUUACAACAGCCGGUAUUGCAAAUGUAUUGGUUAUGAGAAGUAAUGAAAUGAUUACUGGAAUUGAUAUUAAAGAUAAAGAUGGAAAUAUUUAUGGAAAGAGUGCAGUUGCAGGAAAGGAGGCAGUUUUAAAGGUAGCAGCAUCACGUGCAGCCACAUCAUUCCCAGCACUUUUACUUCCACCAAUGGUGAUGAGCGUCGUCGAAAAAAUUAGUUUUAUUAAAAAGUAUCCACUCGCUAAAAUGCCAAUCAAUCUUGCUGUGAUUGCUGCCAUUUUCAACUCUUCUCUUCCAGCUGCUAUUGCCAUGUUCCCACAAGAGUCAAGUAUAUCUGCCUCUGACUUGGAACCACAAUUCAGAGAUUUAAAAGAUAAAAAUGGAAAUAUUAUAAAGGAAUUUAUUUACAAUAAGGGAUUAUAA